GUGUGUAAAUGUUGUUGGUGUACUAGUAUUUAAUGUUGCUGCGGGAGGAAGAGCAAAUGAAAAAGAGACAAAAAAACACAUAAUUUCGUACAAAUAAUUACAAAGCAAUCGCAAGUGACGCCAUUUUUUACAUAAAUCAUAUAAUUUUAUUCAGUUUUUACAAAGAACAAUAGACUCGGAAAGAAAAAUCCAUAUUCUGGCAGCCCAUAAAAAGUGUGUGUAUGCUAAAUAGUGUGUUGGAUUCUUUUAUUUUUAAAUUGUCGACGCAUUUACGAACUUUGAAUUCCUUCGUUUUUUAAUGAGUUUAAUCAAUUUCCUCAAUCCCAAAUUAAAACCCACGGUUGAGUGUGAUGCCGUCUGUGAAGAUGGCUAUGGGGUCUCCAACCUAAUAGCCGACGAUGCUGAACAGCUACAGCGUGGCUUUAUGGCCUUCUCUGUGAGCAAGCCACCGAUUGAGAUUGUCUUUGAAUUCCCCAAGGCCAUCGACUUGAAGGUGAUUAAACUCUGGAACAGUCAUGGUGCUUUAAGGUCAACAGCAUUCGAGCUGCACGGCAAAUACGAGGGCAUUUGGGAGCGUGUAGCGUAUGUGCGUGACUUGGCCAAAGAUGUUGAUUCGCUGACAUUUUGCUAUCAAAGUGAUUACAGUUCAAAGAGUUCUGAACAGCAAUCGAGUGAAAAAGUGUUUUUCUUUAAGACAGCCCAUAAAAUGCUCUCCAAUACCAACAGUAUUAAAUUGAUUAUACGUGCCACACAAAAAUGUCCCCCGGUCUUGCGUAAGGUGCAGGUUUGGGGCCUGCCAGCACGUUCACUAGACAAAGCCGACCGGGAGUUGGUCAAAAGUAUAUGGAAUGAAAUAACUAAUCCCUAUGAUUAUGGUGGCAUGCGUCAGCGUGAUGAUGAUGCCGGGCAAAGAUCACCUUCAAGGUCAAUACCAGAAUUGAAUAAAUAUUCAACACUUAAAAUACCGGAAGAGUUCCUAGAUGCUAUAACAUGGGAACUGAUGAUCUUUCCAACCGUUUUACCAUCCGGUAAAGUCGUCGAUCAAUCCACAAUCGAUAAACACUCCGAGGAAGAAGCCAAAUGGGGGCGUUUACCUUCGGAUCCCUUUACUGGACUUGAAUUCACGCCACACCGCAAGGCUAUUUUGAAUUUAGCCCUUAAAGCACGUAUUGAAAAGUUCCUAAUGGAGAAUUCUGAACAUUUUAAAACUGUACCACGUUCCUUGGGCAGUUCUCGAGUACGUCGCAGCAAAAAUAGACAUGCCUCGCAAUUUGCUAGUCUCUGUCAUCAGCAUACACCCGGUGUUUAUUCAUCCCUAUCGAAAUCUUAUAAAACUACAGCCACAGCAACCCUGUCAUCCACAGAUGGUAAUAAUACUGAUCUUAUUGGAACUGUAGGUUCAGCUUCCUCAUCGUUUGAUCUACCAGCUAAAAGGGCUAGAUUAAUGGAUUCAACUGCACUAGCAUCCUACACCACAACAACAGCCAGUAAAUCACGUUUAAAUAAGAAAUACACUACCUCGGUCACAUCCUCCACAACCCUAACUUCCUGCUCUACUCCCCUGCUGUUGGCCUCAACAGCUACCCAGACAUCUGCCACAGCUACUGCAUCAUUCUCCAAAUGUUCCACUUUAACUAGAGAAGCCAAUGCUGCCAAAACCACAACCACCAGCACUUCUGCCACAGCAACUUCCACCUCCUCUGGCAUAGAUCAGGCCAUACAACAAGCUUUACAGAAAAUUACACGAUUUUCACAAUUACCCCUAAAGCCUACACCACAGCCCGUGUCUUGUAUUAAAUGUCAGACCACAGAAUUUUCUUACGAAAUACAAACUUGUGGUCAUUUGGUGUGUCGCGAAUGUUUGGUCACGCUUACACGUGAUGAGCAAUGCAUUUGUAGUGUAACAUUUCGUUCUGCGGAUGUGGAACGUUAUCAUAGAUUGUAAAUUAAUAACAAGAUGGAAGAGAAUUCAAUUUUUAAUAUUUUGUUAAAGGGUUCAAAUAGCCAGCACUACACGAGGGAGAGAAGGCGGUAAUCUUGGAAAGUCUUUUAAGCAAUAAAACAAUAUACAUAUUGAUUUGUUUGUUUUUGUAUUAACUGCAAUCCUAAACGUAAAAUCCAUAUAUCUGCCAAAGUAGUGCCGUGUUUUUUUGAACCCAGACAAACAUUUUAUUAAAUUUAUUUGCUUUUAUUAUUAGUCGUCAAUUUGUUUAAUCUAGUUUAUUUACAAAAGCAGGUUACUUUUUUUUUCAAAUAAUUUGUUUUAAGUUUUAGUAAUUAGAUUUUUAUUAAGAUUGGGAUACAUGAUUCAUGGUCACAUUAAACUAAAUUUGAAAGCUUAAAAGUUUUAAUACUCAUUUUGUUUGUCCAAAACAAUGUUACAGUUUAAAAUUUAACGAUUGACCAAGAUGGAAUAUUGAAUUAUAGUUGAGUUUCUUUUUUUUUUUAGUAAAAUAUGCUGUUACUGAGUUUUUAGUUGGUUUAUUAAGUUUAAAUUGUUUUUCAAAUAAAGUUAAUAUUAAUAGUUUAUUAUUUUAGAAAAAUAAUAAAAAAAUAUUAAAAAAUCAAAAUAAAUUAAAGUUGCAAAAUUGUUCUUAUUUAUUUGGCAUUAUCUCCAAAAAAUUUUGUUGGUAAAUACUCAGUUUAACAGUGUAUUUUGUAUACGUUUUUAAUUUUAUUUUUAAACAAUUUAUCUCAUAUUCUACCACCGUGCAUUAAAGCAUAAAUAUUAAAUAUUAAUUUUUUAAAAUAAAUUUCAUUUAUAGCUUUAUUAAAUUAUUUUUUAAAUAACUAUUUGUUUUUUUUUUUUUUACACAAUACACUACAAUCAAGAGUGCAAAUUAUCAAUAUACAAAAUAUAAUUUUAUUGCUAAUUUUAUUAUGUAUUUCAUUUCAAACUUUUUAUUAAUAAGCCGAAGAGUAAAUAAACCAACAAGAAAACCCUCAAAUAAAUGAAACGUAUGUUUCCUUAAAUCAACCACAAUUUAAUUAAUAAGUCAACAAAAAUAAUUUAAUAAAUUGCUUAAAAAAUAACAUUUAAACAAAGCAAUUUAUAAAAUAUAUCAUAUAUAUUUUUUCAUAAACAUAUUUUAGAUAUACAAAUAAAUAAUGAAAGAAAAAAAUCAUUAGCUGUUUAGAAAUUUAACAUACUUAACAGAUAAUUCAUCCAUAUUUAAAAUACGCAACAUAUAUAGAUAUACUUAUGUGUAAUCUUAUAUAUAAAAAAUCCAAUAUAUUUAGAUUUAUCAUUAUCAUCCAUACCAACAUAAAUAUUUGAAAAGUAAAUAAAUUAUCUAUGAGUAAUAUCA